AUGCGCUACCCCGUCCGCCACGGCCUCGCUCGUCGCGCCCCCGCCUGCCUUUGCCUCGCCGACCAGACCGUGCCUCCCCGCACACGCACGCGGCUGCACGCGCCCGGCGCCGCGUCCCGGUUUUGCUCGCGCCGCCACCCACGGUGGCCUCGCCGCGCCUCGUCUCCGCCCUCUCCUCCUCCCGCGGCCGCGCCACCGCGCCGCCCGCGUGCCACUGGCCGCACCGGCACCACCCCCUCGCCUCCGCCCGCCGUGGCCCGGCUGGCCGCACCGGCUUGCCCCGCCGUCGGUGCCCCGGCGGCCUCGUCCCGCCCUACGGACGAAACCCUAGCUUCUCCACCGCGUGCCGCCGGACGAAAACGUCUGCCGACGGACACGUCCACCCCCUGCGCCGCCGCCACGUGGCACGCCUCCGGCCACCCACCGCGCCGGCCCGCCCGGCCCGCCGCGGGCCCGCCGGCCCGCACCGCCGCCCCGCGCCUGCUGUCUUCUCCGCGCUUGCCUCACCGAGCUCCGGCCGCGCUCGCCGCCGCCACCGCCGGCCCCGGCGUCCGCGCUACCUCCUCCGGCCGCCGCGCCGUCCACCGGGGCGCCCGGGCCUCGCCGGCGCCGCCCGCCGCCGCGGCAGCGCCGCCUCCCUCCGGCCGCUCCCCCUCCGCGCCGCCCUCCAGCGUCCAUCUCCUCCGCCGGCGCCCGCCUCCUCUUCUCUCCCGACCGGCGACGAGCACGAGCCCGGGAACUGCUCGAUCCGAUCUGGUAGCCGUCCGUUGA